AGAGAGAGGGAGACAGAGAGAGUGAGAAGCCUGGAGCAUGUGUAGAUAUGGGUAGGAUUGUUUAUGUACAGAGACUCUGUCUCCACAGACAACCAGGAGAGUAAGAGAUGAAGAGAGCCAUAGAGACUGAUAGAGAGGUAGUGUUAGUGGCUGAAAGACAGAGCGAGACAAAUAGAAAACGAAACAUAGAGAUAAAGAAAGAGAUAAAGAGGGAGAGGAGGGUGCUAUAGAAACACAGGCAGUAUGCUGCAGCGGGUUCUUAUUGCCCUCUUUCGCUUCUUCAGGGGAGGAGGACGGCAGGUGUUCCAGCCGGUGGAGGAGAGAGGGCCAUAUUCAAACAAUGUACAGGUAAGACUCUGCUCUCCUUUCCCUUAUCUUCCUACUUCUAGCCCCAGGACAUACAGUUGUAAAAAGUGUGCCAGCCUCACACCGUCUGUCUCCCGCCACGUGUCCAGUAGCUGAAAAAGUACCCCGUUGUCAUACUUGAGUAAAUGACUCCAGUAAAAGUGAAAGUCACCCAGUAAAAUACCACAGUAAAAGUCUAAAAGUAUUUGGUUUUAAAUAUACUUAAGUAUCAAAAGUAAAAGUAUAAAUUAUUUCCUUAUAUUAAGCAAACCAGACAGCACAAAUUUCUUGUUUUUCAAUUUAUGGAUAGCCAGGGGCACACUCCAACACUCAGACAUAAUUUAUAAACGAAGCAUUUGUGUUUAGUGAGUCCGCCAGAUCAGAGGCAGUAGGAAUGAGCAGGGAUGUUCUCUUGAUAAGUGUGUCCUGUCCUGCUAAGCAUUCAAAAUGUAAAUCAAAUUAAAUCAAAUCAAAUUGUAUUGGUCACAUACAUGUGUUUAGCAGAUGUUAUUGUGGGUGUAGCGAAAUGCUUGUGUUUCUAGCUCCAACAGUGCAGUAUACCUAACAAGUAAUAUCUAACAAUUUCACAACAUAUACCCAAUACACACAAAUCUAAGUAAAGCAAUGGAAUUAAGAAUAUAUAAAUAAAUAUAUGGAUGAGCAAUGUCAGAGCGGCAUAGACUAAGAUACAGUAGACUAGUAUAGAAUACAGUAUAUACAUAUGAGAUGAGUAAUGUAAACAUUAUUAAAGUGGCCAGUGAUUUCUAAUCUAUGUACAGUACCAGUCAAGAGUUUGGACACACCUACUCAUUCAAGGGUUUUUCUUUAUUUUUACUGUUUUCUACAUUGUACAAUAAUAGUGAAGACAUCAAAACUAUGAAAUAACACAUAUGGAAUCAUGUAGUAACCAAAAAAGUGUUAAACAAAUCAAAAUAUCACUCUCCUUGGUCAAAUAGCCCUUACACAGCCUGGAGGUGUGUAAGGGCUACCUACUCUGUGUCUCACAAAGACACAGCGGUUGGAACCAAAAAUCUCAAAUUUGGACUCAUCAGACCAAAGGACAGAUUUCCACCGGUCUAAUGUCCACUGCUCGUGUUUCUUGGCCCAAGCAAGUCUCUUCUUCUUAUUGUCGUCCUUUAGUAGUGGUUUCUUUGUAGCAAUUCGACCAUGAAGGCCUGAUUCACGCAGUCUCCUAUGAACAGUUGACACUCAAGUCUGCCUAUAGGAAGGGAGGAGCAAAAUGGAGUCGUGGUCAGAUUUUCCGAAAGGAGGGUGGGGGAGGGCCUUGUAUGCAUCCUGGAAGUUGGAGUAGCAGUGGUCGAGUGUUUUAGCAGCGCGAGUACUGCAGUCAAUGUGUUGAUAGAACUUCGGUAGCCUUUUCCUCAAAUUUGCUUUGUUCAAAUCCCCAGCUACGAGUACUUUUGGGUGUCAGGGUAAAUGUAUGGAGGAAAAAGUACAUUAUUUUCUUUAGGAAUGUAGUGGAGUAAAAGUAAAGGUGUUCAAAAAUAUAAAUAGUAAAGUACAGAUACCCCAAAAAACUACAUAAGUAGUUUAGUUGGCUGUGCCGGUUGGUCAAAUGGUUCAUGCUUUACUGAUGGCAACGGGGAGUGUGUAUGUGUGUAUCUGUGUCUUUGUCUGUGUAUUUGUGUGAUAAAGGGAGGGAGAUAGAGCACGCUAAACCCCUGUUACUGUAGCAUGAAUUAUAAGUUAACAGUGGAACAUGGACCAACAACACAGACAUUGUGGAAACAUGGCACAGGACUGACAUAAUGUUGCAAAUUUUCACUCACCUGUGAUGGAAGCCAGACAGAGGGGGGACAUUUAUUAUUUUGGAAUCCCCUGCCAAGUGUGUCACGAUCGUCUACGAGAGAGGACCAAUGCGCAGCGUUGAAGGUGAACAUAAUAUAUAUUUAUUAACUGAUCAAAACAAUAACCAACGAUGCGUGACGUCUAAGGUUACAACACGAACAAACCUUAACGGAACAAGAAACCACAACACAAAGUGAAAAGACCGAUAGUUAAAUAUGGCUCCCAAUCAGAGACAACCAGCUGACACUCGUUGCCUCUGAUUGGGAGCCACUCAGGCCCACAUAGAUAUACAAACAUAGACUUACAUACCCUGGCUCAACAUAACAUAGUCCCCAGAGCCAGGGCGUGACAGUACCCCCCCCCCAAAGGCGCGGACUCCGACCGCGCCAAACAACCACAACAGGGGAGGGACCGGGUGGGCACUCCGCCUCGGCGGCGGAUCCGGCUCCGGACAUGACCCAGGCACGGGUUGUGCCGGACCGACGACGCGCACCCCCGGCUUGGUGCGUGGAGGAGGAACGGGCCUUACCAGGCUGACGACGCACACCGUAGGCUUGGUGCGUGGAGCAGGGACAGGCCGGACUGGGCUGACGAAGCACACCACUGACUUGGUGCGGGGAGCAGGAACGGGCCGGACCGGGCUGACGAAGCGCACCCCUGACUUGGUGCGGGGAGCUUGGAUGGGCCGAACUGGGCUGGCGACGCGCACCACAGACUUGGUGCGGAGAGCAGGAACGGGCCGGACAGGGCUGACGAAACGCACCACAGACUUGGUGCGGAGAGCAGGCACGGGCCGUGCCGGACUGACGACGCACACCACUGGCUUGGUGCGGGGAGCUUGGAUGGGCCGGACUGGGCUGGCGACGCGCACCACAGACUUGGUGCGGAGAGCAGGAACGGGCCGGGCUGGGCUGUCGACGCACACCGUAGGCUUGGUGCGUGGAGUAGGAACGGGCCGAACCGGGCUGACGAUGCGCACCCCUGACUUGGUGCGGGGAGCAGGAAUAGACCGGACCGUACUGGGGACACACACCACUGGCCCUACACCGGGAUCUGGAACGGGCCGGACCGGACUGGCAACACACGCCAGUACCUCUCGCCAUGCCUCUACAUCCUCCAUCCCCUCUUCGACCAGUGGCCCCCGUAACCUGGCGGCCUCCUCUGGCAACCCACUGGGCCGCUCUAUCGCGGCCUCCUGCUGGUCCGACGUCGUGAGCCCCCCCCUAAAAAUUUUCUGGGUGUCUCUCCCCGUGGACCAGGCCUCCAUGUCUUUCGCCAGACUCUCACCCCACUGCUCCAAAGUCCAACCUCUCUUCUCUUCGCUUGGCUUGGCCCAGUCGAGACUCCUACUCCACUGCUCCCAAGUCCAUCCUCUCUCUUCUUCAUGCUGCUUGGUCCUGUUAUGGUGGUUUCUUCUGUCACGAUCGUCUACGAGAGAGGACCAAUGCGCAGCGUUGAAGGUGAACAUAAUAUAUAUUUAUUAACUGAUCACACGAUCAAAACAAUAACCAACGAUGCGUGACGUCUAAGGUUACAACACGAACAAACCUUAACGGAACAAGAAACCACAACACAAAGUGAAAAGACCGAUAGUUAAAUAUGGCUCCCAAUCAGAGACAACCAGCUGACACUCGUUGCCUCUGAUUGGGAGUCACUCAGGCCCACAUAGAUAUACAAACAUAGACUUACAUACCCUGGCUCAACAUAACAUAGUCCCCAGAGCCAGGGCGUGACAAAGUGACCUUCUCUGGCCCUCUGAUGCUAUUUUUGUUUUAGUAGGAUUCACAAAAAACUCUUGUUGGACCCUCACUCAAAUCACAGGCUCCAGAGCUGCAGGAGGACAGGUCCUUGUCUUUAUCAGUGUUUGUCUGUGUGUCUGCAUGGGCGUUUAUGUGUAUUCUAGUGUUAUUCAUGGUAAACAGUGACUGGCUGAAAAUGCAGCAGUCAGUGUGAUGAGGGUGGAAUAUUUCAUCAGUCAGAAAGUGAUAUUAUCCUCAGUCUCUGGGGAUCCACCAGGCAAGGUGAAAUCAACACUUAGUUAUUAAUGACUGGCUGACUGGCUGUUAUUAUUACUCUCCCUACAGGAUAGAGCUCAUUAUCCAGGAAGAACAGCAUGCUUUGUACAGCAGCAAUGAUAUGAGGGCGACCCCACAUUAGACUUGAUAUUAAAGGGAGAAUUCACUCAAAACUAUCCUUUAGUAUUUUUUUCAUUAGUCCUCUGUUGAUACAGUCCCAAAAUGUGUUGUAUGUCAGCAGUCAAGUUUUCAAGAUAAAGGACUUUCAAGAAGCAAAGUGUCACUGGCCACGUCAUCAAUUGAAAUGUGUAUCAAACCCUGAGGGCAAAUGUGUAUUGAUUAUCUUUUGAAGUCUCUCAGUAAGACAACAGAGCAAUGGAUUAAUCCAUUCUCAGCCCCCUCCCUUGCAUUAAAACCUCUUCACUGGUCUGUCUGUGUCUUUGUUUUGGGAGAGUGUAGAACUCAGUCAGCUGUUAUAGAGCUGAGUGGGGAAGUCACUGAUAUAUGUCCACAGUAAUCCUCCCAUGAGUCCUCUGACUGACAGUCUCAGUUGGUCUUCCAUGCUAACUGACAGACAGGCAGGCAGGCCUGUGUCUAUGCAUGGCGUCAUAGCUGCUCAGCCUCAGAGAUAAUCAGGGAUGUUGUUGAGUGUCAAGCCCAUAGAACCCCAUGAUGAGUCUGCUCAUUAGUGAUGCCACGGUGGUGCACGACUCUGUGAUGCGUUUCCUGUCUGUCCACAGCACUUGUCAGUGGGGUGCAUCUCUAUGUGGGUGAUGCUCAGCUAUAACUAACACCCUCCAGAACCUUGUUUGCAAAUGGAGACAGGCCCGAUGGGAGGCUGGUGUUGGCAGUUGAGCAACUUGUCAAAGCACAGUUGGAGUGAGUAUGGCGCUCAGUGUUUGUUACUGUCAGUGUCAGCUCUCUGACACACUCUGUGCGCAUGCAAUGGUGUAAAAAUAGGGAAGGUAUUUCUGGGUCACAACUAGCAUGCUGCUAAUCAAUCGGGGCCGAAUCACAUACAGCUGAAUCAGCAGGCCAUCCUUCAGACCUCUGGUAUUUAGCAUCUGACCCCUCUGCUGUUUAAUGAUACCAACAAACAGUGUUUGUCUGACUACAGUGGAGGCUGGGGGCUAGAGGCACUGUGUCCAUCUCUCUUCUAUCAUCCCAUUAAGCCCUUGACAACGUUGUUCAUAUAGAUUCAGACUUUCCUGUUUAGAUGAAGUUCCCAAAUCUGCAUAGCUGGAGCAUGACUGAUUUAUAUCCAUCCAUACUAGGGUACAUUCUCUUACGAUCUUCUCUCUUAUUCACAUGGAAUGAGGCUGAGAACCACCCAAACAAGCUAAUUAUAAUUUUACUACUAUACUAUAUUUAAGUGAUAAUGCCAGAGAAGCUUGUGUUUUGAGGAUAUAAUGGCACGGGCAAAUUGUGCCAGAUAGUACAUUCAGACCCCUUGACCUUUUCCAUAUUUUGUUACGUUACAGCCUUAUUCUAAAAUGGAUUUAAAAAAAAAAGAAAUUCAUCAAACUACACACAAUACUCCACAAGGACAAAGCAAAAACCAUUUUUUUGAAAUUUUUGCAAAUCUAUAUACAAAGAAACGGUCUCUCCAGAGAUGUUAGGUCGGGUUCAAGUCUGGGCUCUGGCUGGACCACUCAUUGACAUUCAGAGACUUGUCCCGAAGCCACUCCUGCGUUGACUUGGCUGUGUGCUUAGGGUCGUUGUCCUGUUGGAAGGUGAACCUUCGCCCCAGUCUGAGGUCCUGAGCGUUCUGGAGCAGGUUUUCAUCAAGAAUCUAUCUGUACUUUGCUUCGUUCAUCUUUCCCUCAAUCCUGACUAGUCCUGACUCCCAGUCCCUGCCGCUGAAAAACAUCCCCACAGCAUGAUGCUGCCACCACCAUGCUUCACCGUAGGGAUGGUGCCAGGUUCCCUCCAGACGUGACGCUUGACAUUCAGGCCAAAGAGUUCAAUCUUGGUUUCAUCAGACCAGAGAAUCUUGUUUCUCAUGGUCUGAGAGUCUUUAGGUGCCUUUUGGCAAACUCCAAGCGGGCUGUCAUGUGCCUUUUACUGAGGAGUGGCUUCUGUCUGGCCACUCUACCAUACAGGCCUGAUUGGUGGAGUGCUGCAGAGAUGGUUGUCCUUCUGGAAAACUCUCCCAUCUCCACAGAGGAACUCUAGAGCUCUGUCAGAGUGACCAUCGGGUUCUUGGUCACCUCCCUGACCAAGGCCCUUCUCCCCCGAUUGCUCAGUUUGGCCGGGCGGCCAGCUCUAGGAAAAGUCUUGGUGGUUCCAAACUUCUUCCAUUUAAGAAUGAUGGAGGCCACUGUGUUCUUGGGGACCUUCAAUGCUGUAGACAUUUUUUGGUACCCUUCCCCAGAUCUGUGCCUCGACAUAAUCCUAUCUCGGAGACAAUUCCAUCGACCUCAUGGCUUGGUUUCUGCUCUGACAUGCACUGUCAACUGUGGGACCUUCUAUAGACAGGUGUGUGCCUUUCCAAAUCAUGUCCAAUCAAUUGAAUUUACCACAGAUUGACUCCAGUCAAUUUGUAGAAACAUCUCAAGGAUGAUCAAUGGAAACAGGAUUUACCUGAGCUCAAUUUCGAGUCUCAUAGCAAAAGGUCUGAACACUUAUGUAUAUAAGGUAUUUCUGUUUUUUUUAUAUUUAAUACAUGUGCAAAAAUUUAUAAAAACCGGUUUUCACUUUGUCAUUAUGGGGUAUUGUGUGUAGAUUGAUGAGGGAAAAAAAUAUUGAACCAAUUUGAGAAUAAAGCUGUAACUUAAGAAAAUUUGGAAAAAGUCAAGGGGUCUGAAUACUUUCCGAAUGCACUGUACAUUUCUAUAUGAACCCCUCAGUUUGCUCAGUCACCGUGCUUUCAGGCAGUCAAUGGCAUAAUGCUGAACCAAAAGGUCUGAACACCCCCUAACACACUGUAAUAUAUUAGCAGCAGAUAGCAAAAUAUGUAAUAAACUGUUGCUGAUGAAAAUAGCAGAUUGUGAGUGUGAGCUACCUGUCAUAGGUAAAGGUUAAAAGACAGAUGUUUGACUCCAGAGAUAAGUGUAUCUGCCAAGCAAAUGAAUACAGGCCAGAGUAAUAGUGUUGACACUCCCAGUGAGGAUGGUGUGGAUGUUUUGGCAUGUCUGAUAAAAGAGGUCUCUGUAUACACUAUACAUGGGGUUAACAGAAACUUCCCAGUGGAUUAAGAAGCUAGUAGCCUAUGUAGGCAGACAGUGGUAUGGUGAAUUUCUCCCUAUUUAUCCUCCUGAUGACGCAUUCAGAUAUGGGUUUAAUGCACUGAAAUGACUGUGAAAUUAUGCUAUCAUAGCUAUGUACGUAAUGCUCUCUCUCCCUCUUUUUCUCUCUGAUCUCUCUGUGUCUCUCACACGCACUUUCCUUCCCCCAAUUUUGUCAAUUUUAACAAGCGGGACCCCUGUUUGUCACUCCCUAAGUCUGCCCUAGUUUUCUGUGUCCCAGUCUUGUUUCAGGGUGUCUCAUUUAUGUAUCACAGCCUACUUCACACAUCCCACACCAACAACUUCCUGACCUGUGACCUAUUUUCAGUACAUUUCCAUACACACAGUACCAAACAUAAAGCAGAUACAGCGAACAAAGGCCCAAUGACGCCAAAGCAGGAAGACGUGUAUGAAUCCUAUUAUAUACAGUAUAAUCCUAUUCCUCCACCAGAGUGGAGACUAAUGGGAGCAAAUUUACAAGACACCUCGUUACUGUUUAUAGGACAAAGUCUGAACACUGUCUAAAGAUAAACACUAAGGUGGACUCAUUUACUUUGUGUGCGUGGUUGUGUGCAUGCCUGUGUGUGUGUGUGUAUAAUCAGGAAGGUAAUGCUCACUCAUUCGCUGCAGUAGGUCUUGCCUGCAUGGUCUUGUUCAGUAAUUUUCUCAUCCAACACCUUUACCAGCCAACUCUGGCUCUAGCUGCAGCAGUCAGGAAAUAUGAUCAGGCUUAUUUAGAUUUUUCCUUUCCCUCAUCUUUUUCUUAAAGGAUUUGAAGUGUGUUUGCCAGCAAUGAUAGUGUUAGUAUUGCCUAUGAAAUGACAGCGGAGAGACUUUUCAUUUCUGCUCUAACUCAGACAACGACAGAUGUCACCUCCAGGCUGGCCUGCCAUAGCCCCAGGUCAAAGGUCAAAUGUUAAUAACCUCAGAUGAGGCAGCUCAGGAGUUAAAGCAGGACUGUAUUGUAAAGCAGAUAGGCAUUCCAUAUAGUGUAGGAGGAAUCUUAUUGAUUCCAGGUGAUGUGAUUACUUGGUGCUUAUAUUCUCCAUAAGGUUACUGUGAACUUUAGCAUAGAUCAAUUCAACCAGCAGACACAUGAUUCCAAACGCGAUGGGUGCUGGGGUGGUUCAGAUACAUUACUGACCUUUGUCUGACUCACCCUGUGUGUGUGUGCGUGUGUUUUCCUCCCCUAUUCACAAUGUUUAGGAGUGCACAGGUACGUGUUGCUGCCUGUAAAAUAACUCCAACGUCAGUAGCGUUUGCAUCAGAAAUUCCCCACACUUGUAAGAUAAAGAGGGUAAACACCAGAUGCUGCUAUGCAAGCAUGAAUACUACUACUUCCUGUGCUGUUAUUUACCUGAGACACCCUAUAUGACGUACAUUCCACGGAGACUAGAGGGCGAGGCCAUGUUUACUCUGCUCCUCCGAAGGGCUCUUGAGAAAAGUGAUAGUAGUAAAAGACGUUCCCAAAAAAGACACUGCUGCAUCAGGUUCAGCAGCAUAGCUCAAUCAGCAUAGCACAUUUUAUAAAUGUCUUAUGGGGUAUGCAUGGGUAUCCGAGCUGUGUGCUAGUGGUUUAAACAGACACCUCUCUCCUCCACUUUGAGCCAUGAGAGAUUUACAUGCAUAUUAUUAAUGUUAGCUCUCCGUGUACAUUUAAGGGCCAGCCGUGUUGCCCUGUUCUGAGCUAAUUGUAAUUUUCCGAGGUCCAUCUUUGUGGCACCUGACCACACGACUGAACAGAAGUCCAGGCGCGACAAAACUAGGGCCUGUAGGACCUGCCUUGUUGAUGGUGCUGUUAAGAAGGUAGAGCAGCGCUUUAUUAUGGAGAGACUUUUCCCUAUUUUAGCUACUGUUGUAUCAACAUGUUUUGACCAUGACAGUUUACAAUGCAGGGUUCUCCAAGCAGUUUAGUCACCUCAACUUGCUCCAUUUCCACAUGAUUUAUUAUAAGAUUUAGUUGAGGUUUAGUUUUUUGACGUUUAACUGAGCUCACGCUGGUUUCUGGGAUUAAGGAUUAUCACUGUGUAUGAUGAAGUUGUUUCUCCAGACCUGUUUGUAAUUUAGACUCUAAGGCAAGUGAAGGUUGCCUGUGUGACAAGUGUGUCCAAGGAUUAUAAACUGCAUCAAUAAAUGAUCACGCAGUAUAAAACAGGCACUCUCUCCAGGGCAUUCACUGUGCAUGUGAACAUUCAACUGUUGUCAUUACAAAUAAAUACAGCUAUCAAACAAUAUUAAAACCAGUUUCCAUUUUAAAUUUAGCUAAAUUAUGAAGGAACACGGGAUGUCCUUUGGUAAUGCAAUGAAUCUAACAUAGCCUACUUUAAUUUAUUUUAUAUUCUGUCUUACAAUUUUUGGAGGCUGAGUGUUGGGUUGCCAGUCACAGUUUGACAGUUAGAGAAUUGACCCAGCUACAUCCUUUGAGAUAAGGCCUAAUAUCCUGUAUUGAUUGCUGUAAUUGUGAGUGUGUUGUAAGUGUCACUGGUCGGUCUGGCUGUAUUCUACAGUGCAUGUGUCUCCAGUGAAUAUGAUCUACUGGAGAGGCAGCUCUGUGUGAGUAACAUCCAGAGCCCAUUCCUGCUCCUUCUUCUUCUCUGUAUAUCUGUGCAUCAAAGUCACCACGAUAUUAAUUAUUCUUUCCCCUUAUUUUAUUUCCCAGUAUGCAUUGCUCCAACUGGCCUCAGUCACAGACUCCUCUUCCCUCCAGGAUGCCAUCAGAGAGGCUCUCCAGACUGUCUUUUAUGAAGUGGUGGGUAUCUAAUGUCUCCAUCAUGAUUUAUAUCUGCUGUCUGUCUCCAUCCUAUUCAGCACUAUACUGUAUUCUCCCUGGGGGUAGGGCUGACAGAGAAACAAGAAACAGAGUGAAUGACACAAAACAGAUCAAAGACCACCCACUUCUACAUGUUUGACCAAAUAAUGUUACAAAACAUUUUUUCCAACCAUAUUUUCUCCCCCCUCUAACAGUCUGCCCCCCUCUCUCUUAUAGGACAGUGUAUACGUCUAUCUAUUAGAUGAAGAGACAGGACGCUUGUGGUGUGAAGAACCACCCCAUGAGCUACAGAAGGAGGGGAGACUCAGGUAAUGUACAGGGCUGAUGUGGUGCCCAGUUGACCAGUACUUCAGACCGUAAUAAUUCAGUCUUCAUUUUCCCUCAAGUGACAUUGUUUGUAAUGUUCCGAAAUCAAUCAAAUCUCUGUCUUUCUAAGGGAUGUGGUUGUCCAGCAGAGGAGAAUACAGUGUGAAGGACUUCCUUCCUCAGAGCUUCAGGAGCAACAGAGAGAGAAACUAACAGAGCCACUGCAGCAGGACAAAAGAGGUGUGUGUUUGUCUAUCUGGCUGUGUUGCAGGGUGAGCAACAGCAACUUUACUCUAAACGAUUCCAGAGAGUUCAAAACAGUCCACAGUCCUCCUCCUGGCUAAUACUUUCCUCCUCUCCACUCAAUACUUUUUCCAUCCAUCUUCUCCACCUCCACCACAGUGUUGAUCAUUCCAAUCCUGGACCAGGGUGUAGCUACCGCCCUCCUCUUGGUGAGCAUGCUCCUCAUCAUUUACAUUUAGCAGACACUCUUAUCAGGAGCGACUAGGGUUAAGUGCCUUGCUCAAGGGCACAUCGAUAGAUGUUUCACCUAGUCGGCUCGGGGAUUCAAACCAGCGCCUUUUCUGUUACUGGCCCAACGCUCUUAACUGCUAGGCUACCUGCCGCCCUCAUAACACUCUCACCGCUCUGCCUUACAUUAUCAAAGCUUGAAUAUGACUGCCUGUUACAGAGUGUCUUGUCUAUUCUGAAAGGUUUGCUGUACACAGCCCACUAAAGCUCAGGAACAAAGCCUUGAUGUCCUGGAGAAACAUGUGAGUCUGAAGUGUCCUUCUCCAGACCCACCAGUCCUUUAAUGGGAUCACAUUCUCAGACAACAGGCCUACUGCUGAUUCAACUCUGAUUGUCCUCACAGGUCACCGUAGCCUGUAAGAGAGUCCAGGCCCUGCAGCGUCAAAGGCUCACCCAGGGGUUAGAGGUCAACAGGAAAUCAUGUCUAUCCCUGACCAGGAGGACAACACCUGAUGUGGAUCACAGUGCACUGGACCAUCAGAUCCUGAAGCUUUGUGGUAUGAUAGUGGGAUGGGGCCCUGCACGUGUAUUCUGCUGUCUAUAGACAGAUCAAUGUUGAGUGUAUUGGAUAAUAGUAGGUUAGAAUAUAUUACUACUGUAUGUGUAAUGACUUUAUGUUGAUUCUUUCACUCUUAACUGUAGGAGAGCUGUAUGACCUGGACGCUGCCUCCCUCCAACUAAAAGUAAUCCAUUAUGUGAGUCCAGAACCAUAAAUAAACUGUGAUUUAUCAGAGCUGGUUGAUCAUUUGAUAAACAGAGUGACUGUUUGACUGAAUCGGUUGGAUUGUUGUUUUCACAGCUGGAGGAGCAGACUCAGUCAUUGUGCUGCUGUUUACUUCUGGUAUCAGAGGAUAACCAACAGCUGUUCUGUCAGGUACACAUGUACACACACAAUAUUCAAUAUUCUAAAAUAAAGCAAAAUUGCAAAAAUUCACAAACAAAAACAAGUUUGUUAGAUGUCUUUGCUAUUCCUCAGGUAGUUGGAGACAAGGUUCUGAAGGCGGAGAUCAGUUUCCCUGUAAGUUACACAACACAGCCCUUCUAUCCCUCUAACAUUACUACCUGUGCCCCUGCUGCUGCCCCUUACUCUGCCUGACCCUCACCCUCUCUCUGUCUGUCUGUCUGUCUCUGUCUGUCGUGCAGCUGACAUUUGGUAACCUUGGUCAGGCUGUGGAGAAGAGGAAGAGCAUCUCCCUGCAAGACGUCACUCAAGUAAGAACACUGAAAUGUUCCCUGAUCAGCAUUGUAGUGUUUGUAGUGUUAACAGUAGUACGUUUGGAUGUGUUUGAUGCUCCUGUCCUCUACAUCUCUGCCCCUUUUCCCUCUUCUCUGGGUUGAUACUGUAGGAGGAACACCAGCAGCUGAACAGCACUCUGGGAUUUGAAGUUAUCUCCAUGCUGUGUGUUCCUGUUGAGUGUCGGGCCACCACCAAGGUUGUGGCCCUCGCCUGUGCCUUCAACAAAAAAGGAGCAGACAGGUAUAGAGCUAUGUGUGUUAGCGUAAGCAUGCAUACUUCUGUCUGUGAGUGUAUGUGCGUGUGCAUGGGUAGCUGCAUAUGUGUGUGUCUUACUGUAAAAUGUGUGUGCUCUUGUCAUCCUUCAGACACACAGAGGUGGAUGAACACAUAGUGCAGCACUGUUUCUGCUACACAUCCUCAGUACUGACCAGCACACUGGCCUUCCAGAAGGAACAGAGACUCAAGUAUGAAUGCCAGGUAAGGAGACGCUACCCGACUGCACUCACCAGUCAUGAAAAAGUACUACUGAAUUACUACUCAUCACUACUACACAAGAUCUACACAAAACCUACUGGUUUUACUACUUGAUUGCUAUUGAGAUGUGUAGUAAACCAGUAGUGAUUUAUGUAGUAAUUUAAGUAGUAAAUUGGGACAUUUCACUACCGGUGAACACUACAUAUUUCCUUCCCAAAUCACUACAUAAUUAUUCGUUAAUGACUACUGUGUAACUACUGAGCUUUUGGGUAUUUGGUAUUUUAUUAGGAUCCCCAUUAGCUGUUGCGAAAGCAGCAGCUACUUUUCCUGGGGUCCACACAAAACAUGGAACAUGACAUAAUACAGAACAUUAAUAAACAAGAACAGCUCAAGGACAAAUUAAAAAACGGCACACAUAGCCUACAUAUUAAUACAUACACUUAAAAUAUCUAGGUCAAAUAGGGGCGAGGCAUUGUGUGUGAGAUGUUGCUUUAUCUGUUUUUUUAAACCAGGUUUGCUGUUCAUUUGAGCAAUAUGAGAUGGAAGGAAGUUCCAUGCAAUAAUGGCUCUAUAUAAUACUGUACGCUUUCUUGAAUUUGUUCUGGAUUUGGGGACUGUGAAAAGACCCCUGGUGGCAUGUCUGGUGGGGUAAGUGUGUGUGUGUCAGAGCUGUGUGCAAGUUGACUAUGCAACCAAUUUGGACUUUUCAACACAUUAAUGUUUCUCAUAAAAAGAAGAAGUGAUACAGUCAGUCUCUCCUCAACUCUUAGCCAAGAGAGACUGGCAUGCAUUGUAUUUAUAUUAGCCCUCUGAUUACAAUGAAAAGCAAGACGGGCCGCUCGGUUCUGGGCCAGCUGCAGCUUAACCUCUUAAGGAUCAGACCCUUUUUUUCAAUUUCCGCCUAAAGUUACAUACCCAAAUCUAACUGUCUGUAGCUCAGGACCUGAAGCAAGGAUAUACAUAUUCUUGAUACCAUUUGAAAGGAAACACUUUGAGGUUUGUGGAAAUGUGAAAUUAAUGUAGGAGAAUAUAACACAUUAGAUCUCGUAAAAGAUCAUAAAAUGUGCAGUAAGUCAGCCAGUCAGAUGUGCAGCCAGACUUAUUAGCCACUCUUUUUGCCCCAUCUCUUUCAACCAUACAGUUUUUCAAUUCCUCAUCAAUCCAUGGAGCCUUAACAGUUCUAACAGUCAGUUUCUUAACAGGUGCAUGUUUAACAAUAACUGGAAGAAGCAAUUUCAUAAAUUAAUCAAGUGCAGCGUCUGGAUGCUCCUUAUUAUUAAUCACAUCAGACCAACAAAUAUUUUUUACAUCCACAUAAGAGUCACAGCGAAAUCUUUUGUAUGAUCUCUUACACACUAUUUUAGGCCCAGCUUUUGGAACUUUGGCUUUCCUGUAUAUAGCCACUAUAUUGUGAUCACUGCAUCCAAUGGGUACGGAUACAGCUUUAGAACAAAGUUCUAUAGUAUUAGUAAACAUGUGAUCAAUACAUGUGGAUGAUCUUGUUCCUGUAGUGUUUGUAAACACCCUGAUAGGUUGAUGAAUAACCUGAACCAGAUUACAGGCACUGGUUACAGUGAGAAGCUUCCUCUUGAGCGGACAGCUUGAUGAAAACCAGUCAAUAUUCAGGACCCCAAGAAAGUACACCUCUCUGUUUACAUCACAUACACUAUCAAGCAUUUCACACACAUUAUUUAGAUACUGAUUGUUAGCACUUGGUUGCCUAUAGCAACACCCCAAAAUAAUAGGCGGUAGAUCAGGCAAUUGAACCUGCAACCACAGCACUUCAAUAACACUUGACAUGAGAUCUUCUCUAAGCAUUACAGGGAUAUGGCUCCGAAUAUAUAUAGCAACACCUCCCCCAUAUUUAUUCCUGUCUCUUCUAUAGAUGUUAUACCCUUGUAUUGCUACUGCUGUAUCAUCAAAGGAAUUAUCCAAGUGAGUCUCAGAAAUGGCUAAUACAGUAUAUUAAUGUUAUCUGAUAUUAGCAAGUUAUUGAUUUCUUGAACCUUAUUUCUAAAGGCUACAUAUAUUAAUAUGUGCUAUUUUCAGCCCUUUCCUAGGUAGCUUCUCAGAUAUAGACAUAAUAUGGAGAAUAACAAACAAAGUAAAAAAAAAAAAAAAAAUAAAACAUUCAGCAGUCCAUUAAUCAGUUGGUGUGUGUAAGUGUGUGUGCGCGCUGCGGGGCUGAAGCUGCGAACCCAUAGGCUUGGCUGUCUCAUCUCUUGCAGGCUUUUGGGAGGGAGGGUGGUCAAUGAGCCUGUCAUAGUGGAUGUAAGCAACCACGAGCUCAGGCAACUUUCAUGGUUGGGAUAAGUUAUUUUAUUUUCUGGCACACAGGUUUUAAGUAUCUACUACUUAAAACCUACACAAUUCCUACAUGUUCACCAUUGAAUUACUACACAAUGCCUACACAUUACUGCCAGUGCCAUCUGUGUGUAGGGUUGUGUCACUACUGAUCACUAUUGAAUUGCUCCUGAUCCUUUUUCAUUUCCUACAUUUACUACUGUUUGCUUAUUCAAAAUCACUUGUUUCACUACUGUGUCACAACUAGACUAGUGCACAUGUUAUUUCCUCAAGUUUCUAACUGUAGUUAUAUCAUCAACCAAUAAAUAAUAAGCUUAUACAACAUUUAUUGAUAGAAAAUGUAUUACAUAUUUACAUGUUUUUGUUAAUCCCUUUGAGGCCUUGUCUUUAUUCAGCUUUGACUUAAAUAUCUUCAGAGCCUCGUUUUUGUUGCAGCUACAUUUCUCCACCACUUAACCUUUUAGAAAAUAAAGACAAGCAAAAGAGAUAACCAAUUAUAAGCCAUUAUCAAUCAUCUGCUAACAGAGGUCACAUAAGACAACACAGAAAAACAUUUGAUAAACAACGUUCAUCUUACCAACAAUGUUCUCCAGUCUUCUUAUGUUGAGGGCUACAUAGCAACAUUUCAAUGGGGCUAGCAAACAGCUAGGCUAAACUCAAUACAUUUCUAUGACAACGGCUGACGGCUAAGAUCGUUUUUGCUAGCAAUCUUUUUGAUGUGGUAAAAAGUUAUAUAAAUGGCUAAACAACGACAUGAAAGUAUUCAUAAAGCAUAAAGGAAAGUUUAAACGUACAGAUGGUGACAGCAUAAGGGCAAUGAAAGACAGGAUGACGAAGGAUGGAAGAUGAUUACGUUCAGGAUUGUCAAAAAGUAGCUAAAUAACAACAACCAACUACUUCCUGUUUUGUCGUCUUCUGUGGUCGCAAGAAGCCGGUGUAGUCUGGCUGUAGUGUUGUGAUACUUAUUUACUACUAACAUCAAGUAGUAAAAACUCUAUCUGAUUAUUAUUGAAAAGCCUGUGUAGUAAAGCUGUACUGUUUCGACUACUUAUAUACUACCAACAUCAAGUAGUAAAAAUCUCUACCUGAUAACUACUGGAAACAGUAGUUCAUAAACUUGAGUAGUGCAUAAACUACACAUUCACUACACAAUCCCUACAAGUCUCUACAUAAUCACUACUGCACGACGAGGUUUUAUGUAGUAAUUCAGUAGUACUUUUUCACGAUUCCUAACUUGGUGAGAAUCUUUAGCUAGCCCACAAAUACACUUCUAGUCUUCUCAACUGUUACCUGUGUCCGUCUGUGUUCAUAUAGGCUCUGCUUCAAGUCGCGAAAAACCUCUUCACACACCUGGGUAAAUAUCAUAUUUAACCUAUUAACCUUGUUUUAGUGGCACAGUGGGUCAUCAUUUUUUACUGUUAUAACAACAGUUAUAUAUCUCUGUCUCCAGAUGAUGUAUCAGUCCUACUAAAAGAGAUCAUUGCAGAAGCACGGAGUCUCACCAGUGCAGAAAUGUAAGUAAUGUAUUACCAUAAGGCUAUCACAAGCAUCGUAACAAAAGCCUUAGUAUCAUUGAUUAAUAUGACCCAUCUUUCUCUCCUCCAGUUGUUCUGUGUUCCUGUUGGACAGUGUCAGUCAUGAGCUGGUUGCCAAGGUGUUUGAUGGAGGAGUGGUUAUCAAUGAGGAGGUGUGUCGUCAUCCUAAACUCACUCACACCAAAGCCCUAAUCCACAGACUUAUAGCUUAGUAUAAGAUCAAAUGUUAUUGUAAAUGGAUGUUAUUUCCAUAGUAUAAUUGCCUUUUUCUUCUCGUCUCAGACAGAGCUGCGUAUCCCCGCUGACCAGGGCAUAGCAGGCCAUGUGGCCACCACAGGGAAGAUCCUCAACAUCACAGAUGCCUACUCCCACCCUCUCUUCUACCGCGCCGUGGACGACAGCACAGGCUUCAGGACACGCAACAUCCUCUGCUUCCCCAUAAAGGAUGAAAACGGAGGUCUGCCUCUCUUUCUUUCUCUCUCUAUUUCAAAAGGAACAAGGAGGGAGAGGACGGAGAAGGAGAGAGAGAUAGUCGAGAGCUAGAGGAAGACGAGAGCAGAGGAGCGCGCGAUAGAGAGAGAGAGAGAGUAGACGAUAUAGCUAGCGAUGAGGUGAGGACUCGAGAGCUCAGAGCGAGAGCAGCUCUCUGAUCUAUCUCUCUCUCUCUCUACUCUCUAUCUCUCUCGCUCUACUUAUCUCUUCUCUCUAUCUCUCUCCUCUCUCUCUCUCUUCUCUUCUCUCUCUCUCUCUCUCUCUGUCUCUUCUCCUCCUCUCUCUCUCUCUCCUCUGCUCUCUCUCUCUCUCUCAGUGAUUGGGGUGGAUGAGCUGGUCAACAAGACCAAUGGACCAUGGUUCACCCGCCUGGAUGAGGACUUGGCCACAGCCUUCUCCAUAUACUGUGGCAUCAGCAUCGCUCAUGUGAGUGCACAGGCAUCCUCUUUGCUUAUCCUAUUGACCUUAUAACUGAUUAUUAACUGGCGUCAUUUUUUUUUCUAUAGAGUAAGGAUAUUGAUUAACACUAAUGUGUCAUCAACAAUAUUGUCAUCAUGAUGAAUGACUCCUGUGCUCUCUGUUCUUCCCCCAGUCCCUCCUGUAUAAGAGGGUUGACGAAGCCCAGUUUAGGAGUCAGCUGGCCAAUGAGAUGAUGAAGUACCACAUGAUGGUAAAGCAUCCAAUCAGAGCUCUUCUUCAACCUAUUCAACUAAUCUCUUCAACCUAUGAAUGCAGAUCUAGUCAGUUUGUUAUAUUUGGCAGUUAAUGUCCUGAUCUUUGACCCUGUCUCUCAGGUGUCAGAGGAGGAAGUGACCCGGCUACUGACUGUGGGGAUCCAGCCUGUAGGGGAAAUCCACCCCAGGUUCUCCAACUUCACCUACACACCUCGCUCCCUGUCAGACGACAGCACACCCACAGUGAGACAAUCAACACACACUCUUGGAGAAAUACACUGGUAGUAUCAUUUCUGUUUUCUCAUGUCUCUUGAUCAUGCUUCCUGUUUUCAGGCCAUUAUCAGCAUGUUUGAGGACAUGGGCUUCGUAAACACCUACAAGAUCAACAUGCACACACUGGCCAGGUUCUGUCUGAUGGUGAAGAGAGGCUACAGGGAUCCUCCAUAUCACAACUGGAUGCACGCGUUCUCAGUCUCUCAUUUUUGCUACCUCCUCUGCAAGAACCUGGAGCUCUCCAACUACCUAGAGUACGAACACACAUAGAUAAGCAUUUACAAACUUUGCUACGGUAAAGUGAAACACACUCAUGAACAACUCACAUAACACUGCAGUGUUCUCUUGUUUCAGGGACAUCGAGAUGUUUGCUCUUUUUGUGUCCUGCAUGUGUCAUGACUUGGACCACAGAGGGACCAACAACUCCUUCCAGGUGGCAUCGGUAAGAUCCCACAUACCACAAACACACAGACUCCUAUGCUGUAUGUACAGUACCAGUCAAAAGUUUGGACACACCUACUCAUUCCAGGGUUUUUCUUAAUUUUUAUUAUUUUCUACAUUGUAGAAUAAUAGUGAAGACAUCAAAACUAUGAAAUAACACAUAUGGAAUCAUGUAGUAACCAAAAACGUGUUAAACAAAUCAAAAUAUAUUUUAUAUUUGAGAUUCUUCAAAUAGCCACCCUUUGCCUUGAUGACAGCUUUGCACACUCGUGGCAUUCUCUCAACCAGCUUCAUGAGGUAGUCACCUGGAAUGCAUUUCAAUUAACAGGUGUGCCUUCUUAAAAGUUAAUUUGUGGAAUUUCUUUCCUUCUUAAUGCGUUUGAGCCAAUCAAUUGUGUUGUGACAAGGUAGGGGGGUAUACAGAAGUUACAUUUACAUUUUAGUCAUUUAGCAGACGCUCUUAUCCAGAGCGACUUACAGUUAGUGCAUACAUUUUUAAAAAUUGUUUUAUACUGGAAUCGAACCCACAACCCUGGCGUUGCAAACACCAUGCUCUACCAACUGAGCUACAUCCCUGCCGGCCAUUCCCUCCCCUACCCUGGACAACGCUGGGCCAAUUGUGCGCCGCCCCAUGGGUCUCCCGGUCGCGGCCAGCUACGACAGAGCCUGGAUUCGAACCAGGAUCUCUAGUAAGUUAGCCCUAUUUGGUAAAAGACCAAGUCCAUAUUAUGGCAAGAACAGCUCAAAUAAGCAAAGAGAAAUGACAGUCCAUCAUUACUUUAAGAAAUGAAAGUCAGUCAAUACAGAAAAAUUCAAGAACUUUGAAAGUUUCUUCAAGUGCAGUCGCAAAAACCAUCAAGCACUAUGAUGAAACUGGCUUUCAUGAGGACUGCCACAGGAAUGGAAGACCCAGAGUUACCUCUGCUGCAGAGGAAAAGUUCAUUAGAGUUACCAGCCUCAGAAAUUGCAGGCCAAAUAAAUGCUUCACAGAGUUCAAGUAACAGACACAUCUUAACAUCAACUGUUCAGAGGGUACUGUGUGAAUCAGGCCUUCAUGGUCGAAUUGCUGCAAAGAAACCACUACUAAAGGACUCCAAUAAGAAGAAGAGACCUGCUUGGGCCAAGAAACACGAGCAAUGGAUAUUAGACUGGUGGAAAUGUGUCCUUUGGUCUGGAGUCCAAAUUGGAAAUGUUUGGUUCCAACCACCGUGUCUUUGUGAGACGCAGUGUGGGUGAACGGAUGAUCUCUGCAUGUGUAUUUCCCACCAUAAAGCAUGGAAGAGGAGGUGUUAUGGUGUGGGGGUGCUUUGCUGGUGAAGAAGAAGAGACCUGCUGUGAUUUAUUUAGAAUUCAAGGUACACUUAACCAGCAUGGCUACCACAGCAUUCUGCAACAAUACGCCAUCCCAUCUGGUUUGGGUUUAGUGGGACGAUCAUUUCUUUUUCAACAGGACAAUGACCCAACACACCUCCAGGCUGUGUAAGGGCUAUUUUACCAAGAAGGAGAAUGAUGGAGUGCUGCAUCAGAUGACCUGGCCUCUACAAUCCCCCGACCUCAACCCAAUUGAGAUGGUUUGGGAUGAGUCAGACUGCAGAGUGAAGGAAAGCAGCCAACAAGUGCUCAGCAUAUGUGGGAACUCAUUCAAGACUGUUGGAAAAGCAUUCUAGGUGAAGCUGGUUGAGAGAAUGCCAAGAGUGUGCAAAGCUGUCAUAAAGGCAAAGGGUGGCUAUUUGAAGAAUCUCAAAUAUAUUUUUAUUUGUUUACUCAUGAUUCCAUAUGUGUUAUUUCAUUACAUUUACAUUUUAGUCAUUUAGCAGACGCUCUUAUCCAGAGCGACUUACAGUUAGUGAGUGCAUACAUUAUUAAAUUUUUCAUACUGGCCCCCCGUGGGAAUUGAACCCACAACCCUGGCGUUGCAAACGCCAUGUUCUACCAACUGAGCUACAUCCCUGUAGUUUUGAUGUUGUCACUAUUAUUCUACAAUGUAAAAAAUAGUAAAAAUAAAGAAAAACCCUUGAAUGAGUAGGUGUGUCCAAACUUUUGACUGGUAGUGUAUAGCAACAGUGCAUUCAGAAAGUAUUCAGACCCGUCCCUUUUUUAAAAACAUUUUAUUAUGUUACAGCCUUAUUCUAAAAUUGAUUAAAUUAUUUUUUUUUCCUCAAUCUACACACAAUACCCUAAAAUGACAAAGCGAACAGGUUUUUAGAAUUUUUAGCAAAUGUAUUAAAAAUACAAAAACAGGAAUUCCUUAUUUAGUAUACAGACCCUUUGCUAUGAGACUCAAAAUUGAGCUCAGGUGUAUCCUGUUUUCAUUGAUCAUCCUUGAGAUGUUUCUAUAACUUGAUUGGAGUCCACCAGUGGUAAAUUCUAUUGAUUGGAGGGAAAGAUGAAUGAAGCAAAGUACAGAGAGAUCCUUGAUGAAAACCUGCUCCAGAGCGUUCAGGACCUCAGACUGGGGUGAAGGUUCACCUUCCAACAGGACAACGACCCUAAGCACACAGCCAAGACAAUGCAGGAGUGGCUUCGGGACAAGUCUCUGGAUGUGCUUGAGUGGCCCAGCCAGAGCCCGGACUUUAACCCAAUCAAACAUCUCUGGAGAGACCUGAAAAUAGCUGUGCAGCGAACCUCCCCAUCCAACCUGACAGAGCUUAAGAGGAUCUGCAGAGAAGAAUGGGAGAAACUCCCCAAAUACAGGUGUGCCAAGCUUGUAGUGUCAUACCCAAGAAGACUCGAGGCUGUAAUCGCUGCCAAAGGUGCUUCAACAAAGUACUGAGUAAAGGGUCUGAAUACUUAUGUAAAUGUAAUUUUAAUUUUUUAAUUUUCUAUUUUUUAAUACAUUUGCAAACAUUUCUAAAAACCUGUUUUUGCUUUGUCAUUAUGGGGUAUUGUGUGUAGAUUUAUGAGGGAUUAAAAUUGUUUUUAGUGUAAGGCUGUAACGUAACAAAAUGUGGAAAAGUCAAGGGGUCUGAAUACUUUCUGAAUGCACUGUAUAUCAUACCAUACCAACUGCCACAGAAGAGUGUAUUACACAAACUAGCUCUUCUGUCUUCUCUUCUCCAGAAAUCUGUGUUGGCUGGCCUGUAUAGUUCUGAGGGAUCUGUGCUGGAGGUAAACACAAAUACAUCAUGAAUCAGAAUGGUAUUAUGCAUGUCCCUCAUCCUUAGGAGCUGAUGACAUGGACGUCAAUUAAGGCAGCCCCCUGCACCUCUCUGAUUCAGAGGGGUUGGGUUAAAUGUGGAAGACACAUUUCGGAUCAAUGUAUUCAGUUGUGCAACUGACUAGGUUUCCCCUUUCCCUAGGCAAAAGGUAAAACCAUGGCUCGAUUGUGCACUGGGUCAUUGCUGCCCUCGAGUGGAUAUUAAAUAUAAUUUCAGCCUCACCACUGAUUGAAUUGGCUCUCAUUUCCAGAGGCACCACUUUGCUCAGACGAUUGCCAUACUCAACACCCAGGGCUGCAACAUCUUUGAAAAGUUCUCUAGAAAGGUAAAACAAAAGGCUAUGUAAGGACUGUCCUCUUUUCGCAUAAGGUUUUUUAGUUGGUUUUGUACUAUUUUGACUCUAUUUCCACGUUGUCUUUUGAUUGCCAGGACUACCAGAGGAUGCUUGACCUGAUGAGGGACAUCAUCCUGGCCACAGACUUGGCUCAUCACCUACGGAUCCUGAAGGAUUUGCAGAAAAUGGCAGAUGGUAAGUCACCCCCUUACAUCCUGUCUCAGUGUCUUAUGAAAGGCAGCACUUCGCUUCUCUUCCAUUUCUUAUUAUAAUCAUCCUUUCUGUUGUGUCUUCCAGUGGGCUACAACACCAAAGACCCUCAGCACCAUAACCUGCUACUGUGCCUGAUCAUGACCUCCUGUGACCUCUCUGACCAGACCAAGGACUGGAAGACCACCUGGAAGAUCGCAGUAAGAACCCACUUAGAUCUGACUCCUCUAAUAAACCAACUGUGUUCUCACCUUCUUUAUCGCAUUCAUAUCCAUUUUAUUGGUCUUAGUAAGAUGGUGUAGGCCUCCAUGCAGUAUGUUCACAUGAAACUCAUGUCUGUUUUUGUUUCAGGGACUUAUUUACAAGGAAUUCUUUUCUCAAGGAGAUCUGGUAUGGAAAUGUUUUUAUGAAUGCCAAAUAUGGUAUGCAUCAUAUUGUUUUCUGUCUCCAUGUGGUACAGGAACCUUAACAAUUUCCUCUGUGUGAGUGUGUGUGUGUGUCCCUGUGCUUGUGGCUGCAGGAGAAGGCUAUGGGGAACCGUCCCAGUGAGAUGAUGGACAGGGAGAAGGCCUACAUCCCAGAGCUGCAGACAAGCUUCAUGGAGCACAUAGCCAUGCCCAUCUAUAAGUGAGCCUCUGACUGAUCCCUAACCCCCAUAUCUGGGAGAUGAGGGGUGUAAUUGUUAUCUCAGGCAAUGAGAACUGUUUUGUGUUGUAUGUGCAUAUUAGUGGAACCCUCCUUGGCUUGUGUCUGAUUAUACUUCCCCCCCGGCUUUCCUCUACUUCCUCCUACAGACUCCUCCAGGACCUGUUCCCCAGGUCGGCAGAGCUGUAUGAAACCGUGGCCAGCAACAGAGAACAGUGGGGCAGGGUUUCUCACAAGCUCAACAUUAAGCGGUGGCCCGGAAACUAUUCUCUGGACUACCUAGAUGCAGAGUUUGAGCAGCUACAGGUCGAGCAGAACGGACAGGACGGACAGACGGAACAGGGAAGACAGGACGGACAGACAGACAGAGCAGGGAAUGGAUGAUGAGACCAAUGGUAGCCCUCCAGCCCAGCCCAAGGCCACAACAAGACUAACAGGAGUCAUGGAGAACUAACAACUACAUCAAAAGGCUUUUGAUUUUAUAUUAUGUCAUACCCAAAAUGGAGUGUGGCUCAAUCAACAUUAUUUUAUUACCUCCCCCUGCAAAUGCACCUAUUUUACAGGUUGUUGUGUAGUGUUGUGGCUGAUGUGUACAAAAAUCGAAAUGAUCAUUAGUGUCUCGCAUUGCAGCAGGUGUGGAACACCACAAUGCAGACAGCAGGGGGACACAGAAAUGAUUGAUUACACAUAAUUGGAGAGAAGAAUACUAUGAUGGCUUUAAACUCAUUUUACAAAUUAUAAUUUUUCCUUUGCCUUGAGUUUCUCACAAUGAUAUUUGAACUGUAUGUGAAUCUUUAAAAGGCAGGUAUUGAGCGUUAUCAGGUAGAAACACUUACAUUGUAAACCUGGGGUGAAAGUAAAUUACAUUUCUUACCGGUAUGGGACACCCAGGUGCGCGCAAGCAUUUUUUGUAUAUACUACAGAAAGUACAGGGUAGCCUACUCCGCUAACACUGACAAACAGAUAAAUAAAAACGAAAAGUGGCACUGACCAAAUGACAAAGACAGUGAAUAUGCACACACCGGGGAUAUGGCCGAUGUUCUCUGCUGGUGCCAAUAAUGUAGGCUACUGUUCGCUCAAUUAAGUUAAGAAUUUUGAUAACGAAAAUACAGAUUGGAGUCUUUCCAUUGUCAUCUCUUUAUAGCAAUAACCAUUUUCUUCCCAAACAGUUUUUCCGCGAUUGUAUUUUUAAAUAUUG